AUGCAUGUUCCUCUGUUGAACCAAGGCGCGCUGUCGCUGGCCGUCGUCUCGCUGUUGGCCUCCACGGUCUCGGCCGAAGUAUUCGACAAGCUUGUCGCUGUCCCUGAAGGUAAACAAAAGAAGUCCCCUGUUAUUUGCUUUGAAGCAAGAUUCAUCUUCAUGGUGACGUUGAGGGCUUCGAGAAGGCCGUUCUGGACAUGUCAACUCCCGACCCACCCCAACUAUGGCAAGCACUUCAAGUCACACGAGGAAGUUAAGCGCAUGCUGCAGCCUGCAGGCGAGUCCGUCGAAGCCAUCCACCAGUGGCUCGAGAAGGCCGGCAUCACCCACAUUCAACAGGAUGCCGACUGGAUGACCUUCUACACCACCGUUGAGAAGGCCAACAACCUGCUGGAUGCCAACUUCCAGUACUACCUCAACGAGAACAAGCAGGUCGAGCGUCUGCGCACCUUGGAGUACUCGGUUCCUGACGAGCUCGUCUCGCACAUUAACCUUGUCACCCCGACCACUCGCUUCGGCCAGCUGCACGCCGAGGGUGUGACGCUGCACGACAAGUCUAAGGACGUCGACGAGCAAUUCCGCCAGGCUGCCACUUCCCCUAGCAGCGACUGCAACAGUGCUAUCACCCCGCAGUGCCUCAAGGACCUGUACAAGGUCGGCGACUACAAGGCCAGUGCCUCCAAUGGCAACAAGGUCGCCUUCACCAGCUACCUGGAGCAGUACGCCCGGUACUCGGACCUGGCUCUGUUUGAGCAGAACAUUGCCCCCUAUGCUCAGGGCCAGAACUUCACCGUUAUCCAGUACAACGGUGGUCUGAACGACCAGAGCUCGCCUGCGCGGACAGCGAAGCGAGCCAACCUGGAUCUCCAGUACAUUAUCGGAACGAGCUCUCCCGUCCCCGUGACUGAGUUCAGCACCGGUGGUCGUGGUCCCUUGGUCCCCGACUUGGACCAGCCUGACAUCAACGACAACAACAACGAGCCUUACCUCGACUUCUUGCAGAAUGUCAUCAAGAUGAGCGACAAGGAUCUUCCCCAGGUUAUCUCCACCUCGUACGGUGAGGACGAGCAGAGCGUCCCCGCAAGCUACGCUCGUAGCGUCUGCAACCUCAUCGCUCAGCUCGGCGGCCGUGGUGUCUCCGUGAUCUUCUCAUCUGGUGAUUCCGGUUUCCCCGCCGCCUGCCCCUGGGUGACCUCCGUUGGUGCUACUACCGGUAUCUCCCCCGAGCGCGGUGUCUUCUUCUCCUCCGGUGGCUUCUCCGACCUCUGGAGCCGCCCCUCGUGGCAAAGCCACGCCGUCAAGGCCUACCUCCACAAGCUUGGCAAGCGUCAAGACGGUCUCUUCAACCGCGAAGGCCGUGCGUUCCCCGACGUGUCAGCCCAGGGUGAGAACUACGCUAUCUACGCGAAGGGUCGUCUCGGCAAGGUUGACGGCACUUCCUGCUCGGCUCCCGCUUUCGCCGGUCUGGUUUCUCUGCUGAACGACGCUCGCAUCAAGGCGGGCAAGUCCAGCCUCGGCUUCCUGAACCCCUGGUUGUACUCGCACCCCGAUGCCUUGAACGACAUCACCGUCGGUGGAAGCACCGGCUGCGACGGCAACGCUCGCUUCGGUGGUCGUCCCAACGGCAGUCCCGUCGUCCCUUACGCUAGCUGGAACGCUACUGAGGGCUGGGACCCCGUCACCGGUCUGGGUACUCCCAACUUCCAGAAGCUGCUCAAGUCUGCCGUUAAGCAGAAGUAA